UUUUUUUUAUCUAUGUCAAUCUGGGUGCAAGCGGGGGUAAGUGAUCAACAGGAGUUGUACAAUAAACUGCAAAAAUCAGCCAUGUUUCGAUCUCGGCGUCCCUCCAAAGUAGUGCACGGGAAGCUUUUUUUUGCCACAGAUAACUGGUUUGGUUUCCCAAAGAGCCAAGGACACAACAUAAAGUUCACUGCUGAGGUUUUGGAUUCAGUCCCUCCAUGGUUCCCUCCGUGGCAAAAAUGAAUUCUACAAAAAGGAAGGGACUGCAGCUGAGACGGGUUCUGUUCCUGCUCUCCGGAGUUUUUCUUUGUACCUUCUACCAGUUGACCAUCAAUGCCAGACUGUACGAGCCUCAAACUGGAGAGGAUUUUGGAGAAACUUCUAUAGAUAGGGUUGAGGAGGCCACAGCAGAGACUCAGGUGCUGGAGGAACUGCUCAUUGCAACAAACAAAUUUGAGCCCAUAGAUCAAACGCCAUGGAUACAGGCACCACAUAACUCAGAUGUAACUUCAGAUUUUAAACUAUCCAGAUCCACUGAAUCUCCACCAUCAAACCUGACUUAUGUUCUUUCCAUCAACGUGGCCUCUGAGCCUCCACAGGAGACACACACACCAGCUUCUCCUGCUGGAGCUCCACACACAAGGAAGCAAUAUCCUAAAGAUCUUUUUUCAAUUGAAGACCGUAGACGAGGCUGGGUGAUCCUCCACAUUUUUGGCAUGAUGUACAUGUUCAUUGCACUUGCAAUAGUGUGUGAUGAGUUCUUCGUUCCUGCACUGGGGGUUAUCACAGACAAGUUAGCCAUCUCUGAUGAUGUAGCAGGAGCCACCUUCAUGGCUGCCGGAAGUUCUGCUCCAAAACUUUUUGCCUUCCUUAUAGGAGUCUUCACCACCCACAGCCAUGUGGGGAUCGGCACAAUUGUUGGUUCAGCGGUUUACAACAUUGUGUUUGUGAUUGGAAUGUGCGCUUUGUUUUCACGGGAGGUGCUUCAUAUAACCUGGUGGCCACUUUUUAGAGACGUAUCUUUCUACAUACUUGGCCUCAUCUUUCUCAUCAUCUUUUUCUUGGAUAAUGUCAUAAUGUGGUGGGAGAGCAUGAUGCUGGUGGCCUGUUACACUCUCUAUAUGAUUUUCAUGAAGUUUAAUGUGCAAGUAGAGCGGACAUUUAAGACCCUAGUCCUAAAAAACGAGAACAAUAUAAGAGUUAUUGCUGUGGAGGAACCUGAAAAGGACAACAAACCUGCAGGAGAGGAGGGGUCAGGAGUUUCUGUAGAUACUGAAAGUGAUGAAGACAGCGAUGACUCCAGAAAAAACAAAAAUGGAAAGCAGAAUGAAGAGGAAGAAGAAGAGAAAGAUGAACCUCUGUCUUUACAGUGGCCGAGCACACCAUGUAAACAAGCCACCUACCUCUUUCUGCUGCCUAUAAUCUUCCCUCUGUGGAUCACAGUCCCAGAUGUCCGUAACCAGAAAUCCAGAAAGUUCUUUGUGAUCACCUUCCUGGGCUCUAUUCUGUGGAUUGCUGUUUUCUUCUACUUCAUGGUGUGGUGGGCCCAACAGGUGGAUGAGACCAUUGGCAUCCCACAUCAGAUUAUUACCAUUCUGGCUGCAGGAAUGGCUGCCCCUGACCUCAUUACCAGUGUGAUUGUGGCUCGUAAAGGCCUGGGGGACAUGGCUGUGUCCAGCUCUGUGGGUAGUAACAUCUUCGACAUCACAGUGGGCCUUCCAGUGCCAUGGCUCCUGUACUCAUCCUUCCACGGUUUUGGUCCAGUGGCUGUCAGCAACAACGGGCUCCUCUGUGCCAUCGUGCUACUCUUUAUCAUUCACUUUUUUUUCAUCAUCUCUAUAGCAUCCUGUAAGAAAAAGUUGAAUAAGAAGCUGGGCGUCACCAUGUGUCUGCUAUACUUUAUCUUCGUUGUGCUUAGUCUGAUGCUGCAGUAUCGCAUCAUUGUCUGCCCUGUCAGUGUGGGAGCAAGGACUUAAAGUUGUUGUAUAGUCAUAUAGCCAUGCAAUUGCUUAUGUUUUUUCUAUAUGUGUGUGUACAGUAUGUGCUUUGAUGUUUUAUCAGUUUGUAUCUUUAUCAAAUGUACUUUUCUUUCCCAUUUAUUUUUACAUUUUGUUUUACUAUUUGUACUUUUUACUAUAUUGACUUACAGGACUUACUUCAUGUACUAUGUAAAAUAAGCAAUAUGUAUUUUACUAUUUUGUUAUUAAAAAUAACGAUGCAAUAGAUGCCUAAUUUAGGA